UGCAGCUCGAUCGUGCGGUUCGGUUUUGGGCACAGUUUGCCGUGUGGCGCCUCGCAAGGAGAUUCCUGUGUAUAGCUAAAUUGAUGCCACUUAAGUCGUGGGUCAUCAGGUUUUUUGUGAUCUUCAAGUGAGCUGCAGCUCAAGCGACGCGGAAGUGUUAAUUUAAAGUCUAAAUACGCGGCAUAAAUCAGUGUUUGGAUUCGUGAAGCCCAACCAAGUGCCAGCUAUACAUACAAAAGAUAUACGUAUAUAUGUAUAUAUCUAUAUCUGGAGCUGAAUCUCUGCCUACAAAAGUGUCUCUCUAUCUAUCUUUGCCCAUCUGUGUGCCAGUGUGUCAUAAUUGUAAUUCAUAAAUUAAUAAUUAAGUGCUUCUUAAUUUAUGGCCAGCAGCAGAUAGCUUGUAAAUUGUAAAAAUUUCUGUAACGAUCUUCAACGGAUAUCAGCAACAGCCGCGACGGGCCUCUGACCAAAGUCAACAGCAACCCACGCAACAGCGACAUGAAACUGCAAAUGCCACAAUUGCUGGCUCUUCUGCUGCUGCUCCUCCUAGCCAAGCUACGCCCCGUGUCGCCUCUGAGCUUGUCUGUGAAUGGCACCUUGGUUGGCGGCUUGGCUGAUGGAAAUGUCGCAGGCAUGGUCAAUUUGCCGGCACUCGGCUCUGGCCUAAGCGCCGCUGGCAAUGGCAGCGGCAGCAGCAGCCUGCCAGGUGGUGCCAGCCAGCCAGGUGGUGCUGGUGCCGGCGCCCAGUCCAACAGCGAACCGAUCAGCAACAGCGGCGGUGGCGGCGGCUCGCUGGGCGCCAAUGCGGGCGGCAGCACCGGCAGCAGCGGCGGCAGCAGCGGCAACAAUUCGGCGCUAAUGCAGGCACCCAAGGAGAAGCUGUACGACAAAUGCACCGGACCGGGUGAUCCUGGUCCGUGCAAGCAAUACAUAUACAAAUGGCGCUACGAGCCGACGACCAGCGAGUGCACAACAUUCAUUUGGGGUGGCUGCGAUGGAAAUCCCCAGAACCGUUUCAGCACCGAGGCCGAGUGCCUGUUCCACUGCAUUGGCGGACCACACACCUUGCCACCUUUCCUGCUGUCAACCACGCGAGAGCCGAGCACCACAGAAUCCUCGCUGGCCAGCUACACGCAAAGUCCCGCCCAGACGCCGGUCGGCUAUGGCGGGCAUGGGGGCGGCACGACGCCCGUGCCCAUCGAGCAGCGCGGCCCGGAGUUGACGUUUGCGGAAACGGGUCAGGACAAGACCUUCGUGUUUGCCAAAAACAACACGUUCAUCCAAAUGGACGGCGACAUCAUACAGACAUUUCAAUUAAGACUUUGCCGUGAGAUUUCAUUUCAAUUUCGCACACGACUGCCGCACGGCCUGCUCGUCUAUCACAACGUUAAGAAUCCGGAUCGCAUUAAUUUGGACCCCUAUGCACUCUAUGUGAUUGUCGAGAAGGGUCAGCUAAAGGUUGUACAUGUCUUUGGCAAGCAUUCAACGAGUGUCACCGUGGGCGAGAGUCUAAAUCGAGAUGAAUGGCACAGUGUAAUGGUGCGCAUCGAUGUCCAUGGGGCAAGAUUAAUUGCACGCGUCGACAAUAGUCAGGAGGAGGUCUAUCUGAAAGGUCUGAAUCACGAGUACAACUACGGCGUCUCCACGAAUCUGCCAUCGGUGGUCCUGGUCGGAGGCCUCUCGUCCGAGGAGAAGCUGCAUGGCGUCAAAUAUAUCACCGAAUCGUUUGUCGGCUGCAUUCGGAAUGUGGUGCUGAGCUCUGGCAAGGCGGCCUCUGAUCUGCUGCCAAUCGCCCCACUGGUGGCGACCAAGCACGAAAACGUCAACGAGGGAUGCUCGGACAUGUGCGAUUCGCGGCACAAUUUGUGCUUUGUCGGCUCCCGCUGCAUCAACCACUACGCGGGCAUCUCUUGCGAUUGCUUUGGCACCCACUACGAGGGCGAGCACUGUGACAUCUACACUGCCACAAUCAUCACGCUACGAGGCGCCAGCUACGUUUCGUAUCGCAUCUACGACUGGAAGGAUCGGGUGCACUCCUCGACAAUACGCAUCAGCCUUGUUUUUCGCACCAAUUUCGAUGACUCGGCGCUGUUCUAUGCCAGCGGCGAAUCGCUGAAGCAUCAGUAUAUUGCCGCUGCCAUUAAGAAUCAAUCGAUUCACGUGGAAAUGGACUUUGGCGACAAUGUCAUGUCCACGGUGCUAACGGAUGACCUCACACGCGGCUACUGGCAUAAUCUGACCAUUCUGCACGAGCAGCGGACAGUGCGAAUUAUACUUGAUCAUCAGCAGAAGAUCCUGGAGCUGCCGGCGACGGCUAGCGGCAAUCUGUUGUUCGAUCCGGAAAUCUAUUUUGGCGGCGGACCCGAGCUGAACAAGAAGAAAGGCCUCAUCUCGCAUAACAAUUUCGUGGGCAGUCUCAAGUAUGUCUACUACAAUGACAUUUCCAUACUGUACGAGCUGCAGCGUGGCAAUCCCAAGGUGCACUAUCAUGGUGUCCUGGAGGCUGAAUUCUUUGAGAACGAAGUGAAUGUCAUACCCAUCACCUAUCCCUUUGCGACAUCACACAUUUGGUGGCCCAUAAAUCACGCCCAAGAAUUUAAUAUUAAAUUCGAUUUCCGCAGCAGCCGACCCGGCGCAGUGCUGGCCUACAGUGACGUCACGACCAGCGCCGGAAAUGGCUUCUGGGAGAUACGCUUAAGCUCAGACAAGCUGAGCUUCGAUCUGGUGCCCGAUGUGAACAACAAUGUGACCCACUCGACGACCAUUAAAAUCAAUCGCGCCACCUCCUGGCACAGCGUCGAGCUGGACUAUAAGCAGGGCGAAAUACGAUUUACGGUCGACUAUCGCCAUACGCUGAGCCAGAUGUUUGGGCUGACCUUUAAUAUCGGGGACAAGCUGAUCAUUGGCAGCAGCCUAAAGUCGGCGGCAAUGGGGCUGGUGGGCUGCAUUCGCGAUAUCGAGAUCAAUGGGCAUCUGAUUGAGCCGCGGCAUGUGGUCAAAACGGAGCGCGUUGUCGGCGAGGUGGCGCUGGACAAUUGCAACUACAUAGAUCCGUGCAAGCGGCCGAAUACAUGUGAGCAUGGCGGCAAGUGCUUUGUGAAAGACGAUCGCGUCACCUGCGACUGCAAGCACACGGGCUACAUUGGCAAGAAUUGCCAUUUUACCAAAUAUCGCAAGACCUGCGAGGAGCUGGCUCUGCUGGGCUUCACCAAGUCCGAUGUCUAUCUGAUUGACAUCGAUGGCAACGGCGUAUUUCCGCCCGCGCACGUCAAGUGCGACUUUCAGAGCCUGGAGAACGCCACCAAGACCAUUGUCGAGCACAAUCUGCCCAGCCAGGUGGAUGUGCGUUCCGCCCGCGAAACCGAUUUCAGCUUCAACAUUCGCUACCGAGAGUUCUCCCCGCACAUGCUGCAGGAGCUGAUCUCGCACUCGCUCUACUGCACACAGUACAUCAAAUAUGAUUGCUAUCGCGCCCAGCUGGAGCUGCAUUCGGCCACUUGGUUUACAUCGUCGGCCAAGAAUCUCACUGUCGACUUUCUCGGCAAUGUCAAGAGAGGCGCCUGCCCGUGCUCCGUGAACAAGACGUGCGUGGACCCGAAUCAAUCAUGCAACUGUGAUGUGAAGGAGAACAAAUGGAAUUCGGACGAGGGCUACUACCAGGAACCGCACAGUUUAGGCAUCACCAACAUGUACUUCCUGCAGCAGAAGGACCUCGACGAUGAAGCCCAGGGUCGCAUCACGCUCGGUCCCCUGGAAUGCGUCGAGACAAAUACCCAAAAGUAUGUGGUCACCUUUACCACAUCGCAGUCGUACAUUGAGGUGCCCGGCUGGCGCAAGGGCGAUAUUGCCUUCUCGUUCCGCACCACGGGCGAGAAGGCCAUUCUCCUAUUCCAGCCGCCAAUCCGUGCCCAUUAUCCCUCCUUCAUGGUGGCUCUCACGGGAGACUAUCAGCUGACGUUCAAUUUCACCCUCAGCACGGGCACAACACGGGAGCUGGUGAUUAACUCGCAUCGCAGAUUAAAUGGCGGCGAAUGGCAUAAAAUAUGGAUAGACUACAACCAAUAUCAUGUGCGCUUCAUGAUAAACACCGAUUACCAGAUGCUCGAUUUGCUGCCCGAGGAGGAGUUUGGCCCGUUCGAGGGCAGCAUGUACAUCGGUGGCGCCACAUUUGACCUGCUGAAGAAGUUGUCUGUUAAGGCUGGCCUCAUUGGCUGCUUUCGCGGUCUGGUUGUGAAUGGCGAAAUACUCGACAUCUACAGCUACAUGUCUGUGCAUCUAUCGGAGAUAAUCAAGGACUGUAAACCCUCCUGUGUGCCCUCGCCAUGCCGCAACGGCGCCCAGUGCAAGGAGCUCUGGAGCAGCUUCAAGUGCGUCUGCAACAAUCCCUGGGCCCACAUUGGCGAGUUCUGUGAGACAAACAUCAACGAGAAGGCGCUGACGUUCAUCAACCGCGAAGCAUUUCUUAUGCGCAACUAUUUAAGCGUGGGAGCCACCGCCGCCAUACUGCUGCACGGCAUCGAGGGCGAGCGGGAGAUGCUCAAGGGCAUACUCAGCCAGGAUCUGUUAAUCAAUUUGCGCACCUACGACACAAACUCCCUGGUGCUCUAUGCCAACGAUCACUACAACAACUUUGUGCAUCUGUACAUCAGUCAAUCGCGCGAGAUUGUCUUCCUCUACAACUACGGCGAUGAGAUCGUGAAUCUGACACUGCUGGACGAGACCCUGAUGGCCAAUCUGAAGAGCAUUCAGGUGGCCAUUGUGCGCGGCGAACAGGAGACUCGCAUGCAUGUCAAUCAGCGCAGCGUGAGCAUCGAUCGCGGCACUCUCCUGCUGGAUGAGUAUGCCAACAAGCCCUGGAGUAAUCCGGAGAAGGAGGUCCUGUCGCCCCAUCGACCGCCCGCACCACCCACCGAGUACUUUCAAUUCCAUGUCGGCGGCUACGAUCCGGCAAAUUUGCUGCGCCCAAAUGUGGAUGCGCCCCAACUGGAGGGCUACAUUGGCUGUGUGCGCGGCCUCAAAAUUGGCGCCCAGUUGAUCGACUUGGCGGAAAUCAAUGAAAGGAAUAUAGCGCCCACUCUGGAGGGUGUGCUGCCCAAUUGCCAGAUCAAGUGCGAUGCGGAGCCCUGCAAGAACGGCGGUAUUUGCAAGGAGCAUUUCGCCGAGCAGAUGUCCACCUGCGAUUGUGAACACACCAGCUUCCUAGGCGAGUUCUGUUCGGUGGAGAAGGGCGCCGACUUUAGCGGCGAGUCGACGUUGCAGCGCAAAUUCGAACUGCCCAGCUCAGGCAGCGUCGACUAUGUGCGACUGCAGCUGGCCUUCUCGUCGUUUGAUUUGCGGCGCGCCAAUCGCAUCAUGCUGCUGCUGCAGACGGCGGCGGAGCGCAGCUAUUACCUGCUGCUGGCCAUCACCUCGGACGGGUAUCUGCAGUUCGAGGAGGAUCGCGAACGUGGAAAAACUGUCGGCGCACGCAUCGAUCGCAAUUUUCUCAACAGCGCCCGCCAUUCGGUAUACUACGAGCGCAAUGGCACUGAGGCCCAGCUGUACAUCGAUCGCGAACAGGUGCCCCUAACGGACUUUGCUGCACGCGUUCUGACCACCACCGUCGACGAGGGUGCCAAUCGUGCCCAGAUCGGCGGCAUUAAUACGACCGAUUCGCGUUUUGCGGUCUUUAAAAGCUACAGCGGUUGCCUGUCAAACAUCUAUAUACAGGUGAAUGGGCACAUUAUGAAGCCACUCGAGGAAUAUAUGCUGUUCACCAAGUCCGGCGCGGACAACAUCACGGUCAUAAAUCCGCAGGGCCUGCGCAGCGCCCAAUGCAAUGCCAAAUUUGAUGUCAGCGAACAGCCCACCCAAGAGCCUAUGGUCAAUGUGAGCAUGAUACCGGAGCCAUGGGUUGAGGAGCCACCGCAACGUGUGCCCUACAUAUCGAAAUUCGUUUAUGAUGUGGACAAAAAGGAGGACUCCACCCAGGUGCUGUUCAUUACGCUUACCAGCGUAUUUGUCAUCAUUGUGGUGUGCUGCCUGCUCGAGGUAUAUCGCAGCCAUUUGGCGUACAAGAAGCGCAUCGAGCGCGAAACGGACGAGGACAUCAUUUGGUCCAAGGAGCAGGCAACCAAAAUGCACGAAUCGCCAGGUGUAAAGCCCACAGGUGCUGCGGGCAUAAAACCAGGCAACACACUGCCACCGUACAGCUACAAGCCGCUGCCGCAGGACGAUAAGAGGCCAGGCAACGGUGCGCCCUUGGUGGGCAUUCUCAAGAAUGGCAAUGUGACGCCGACCCCCUCGGCGCCCGCCACGCCCACAGCGGCAACAAAGAACGGCGACAUUGCGACGCGCAUCGAAGAGGAGGAGGAGGAAGACGAAGAGCAGCCCAAAGAGCAGCAGCAGCAGCAACAGGAAGCACAGCAGCAGCAGCAGCAACAGCUGGAGGAGCCGCAGCAGCAGCUGCUUAACCUUGCGGCAACGGAUGUGGCUGCCACAAAUGAGCCGCCAACAUUGCUGAAUGGUCAGCCGAAUGCCAUAGAAUCCCAGCCAACAACAACAACAACAGCAACAACAAUUUCGACAACAACAACGACGACGAAUACUCCGACAACAACAACGACGCUACCGCAGCAGAAACAUGAAAAUCAAAGGCAACAGCAGCUACAACAACUGCAGAGACAACCGCUGCAAAGAGCGGCAACACUUCAGCAGCCGAGCACAAAGCGACGCAAAGGGACGUCGUCUGGGGCGCCAACUGUGCGACGACAAGUAUCAUGGGGUCCGCCAAUCGUAGCGGAAACGGAUGUCGAUUUGGCCGCUGCCACAAGCGGUGGCAAUAGCAGCAGCCAGGGCGGCAAGGAGUCCGGCCGCAAGACGGCAAAACAGAAUGGCUACCAUGGCGUCAAUAGACGAGCGACAACAACGCGCAAUUGACAACAGCCGCAGCAGCAGGAAGAAGUUAAAAGAGAAGCAAAAAACAAAGAGAUAUAUAUAUAUAUAAAAGCAUAAAUAUUUAGGCAACACAACAAGUCGAAAACAAGGCAAACACAAAAAGAAACAAACGCAAUUUAUGUGGAUUAAAGGCGCAGCGCAAGAGUCAAAUACAACAACAACAAAAAACAAGUGCACAUUAAAUGUAUAAUACAACGGAUACUUAUGUAUAUUUAAAGCAAAUAUUUACUUCAAAAAAAAAAAAAGAGGAAGCUCUCUGAGAAAUCAUCAAAAUUUGACUAACGAGAUAUUUAUGGAAAGAAUAAUUUAAAUUUUUAGCAGAGCUUUAAUAAUUGCAGCAAUUCUUGGACGGAAAUACGAGAUUGAUAUACUAUAUAAUAUCCCCUACAUAAAUAUUUUAUAUAUUUUAUUUAAGUUCUAGCAAGAACUUUUCUUAGCUAAAGUAUUCUAGAUAUUUAAUUGCAAACUUAGAUUUCUUAAAAAAAGGUUAAGUUUGAAGGGACUUGGUUAAAUCAGCUAAGCCCAAUUCAAUAAGGGCUAAGGUGUUUAGCUAUGGAUUAAAAACAAAAGACAAAAGAGAAGAGAUUCAACUAAAAUUUAACAGAAAUUUAAAUGUAUCAAAUUAAUUUUUAAAAAAAAUAUAGUUAAAUUUUGCACUAAACUUUUACUAAAUAUAUGAUUUUUGUAAGUGUAAGGUUUAAGGAAAAUAUUCAAAUUUUCACAGGGAAAGCAGCCAUAUUAGGCAAAAAUAGCUUUAUAAAUGAGAGUCUAGUUGUCAAUGUCUAUAUCAACUCGACUAAUCAAGCAUAUAGAAAUAAUAUUAGAUCUGAGGGGUAUGCGUUGCGAAGUUAUUGACUAAGUUAUAAUACUCUCUAAAGGUGCAUAAAGAUCUUCUCAGAUCUAGGCAAAUUUUGAGAGAGCGGUUCUCAAUCAGAGAAAAACUAUAUUUUAAUAUUAAAUUGAAUAUUUUCAUCAAGUCUUAUUUACAUUCAUAUUAUAGGUUAAAUAAUCCUAUAGUUAAUUACAAAAAAAGAUCGCUUAGCGUCUUCAGCUCAAACCGAAUUUAUAUUUUCUUUGCCCAUUUCAAAUUGUAAAUGAGUUUUAUUUAAUAUUCAAAUUUGUAGAAUCUACCAGCAUAAGUAAAUUUUAGUCCUAAGCAAUUGCUCGACUUCCAAAUAAGAUUAUUUUACUAUUAAGUCGAAUUCAGCGCAUGAACUGUUUCCAUAUCCUACAAACAUAUAUAACAUAUAUAAUACUCCUGUAGAAAUUCGUAUGCUUCCCAUUUUCCAUUUCCCAUUUCCAUGUGUAUUAGGCUUAAGAAAACUCACAUCCUGUUCUCGCUGCGUGUGUGAUAUACGAAGGUAAUAAAAGUUUGUUCUCUGCGCACAA